CCUCUCUUUCUCUAAUUCUUUCCCACAAUUUUCAGGCUUCCAAGCCUCCCAAGUCCGAACAACCCAAACACGAGCAGACUCGCCGGAUUUAAUCGCCGGAUUCACUCGCCGUAUUCCGUUCGUGGCUAUUUUGCACUCGCCGGAUUCCGUUCGUGACUAUUCUGUACUCGCCGGAUUCCGUUCGUGGCUUUUCAUUCGUGGUUAGUAUUCCUCAGUCCGUUCGUGGAUUCAGUUGCCGAAUUUGUGUGCUACUCUUGAGAGAAUUUGAGCUGAUUGUUGGCCUUGGGAGUUUGCAGGAUGGCUACUGGACCUGGACUUGAGCCUCUUGUAGAUCAAAUGAUUUCAGUUAUUACCAAUGAUGGACGCAACAUAGUGGGAAUCCUAAAAGGUUUUGACCAGGCAACAAAUAUAAUUCUUGAUGAAUCACAUGAGAGGGUUUUUUCUACCAAGGAAGGAGUCCAACAAAUUGUAUUGGGUUUGUACAUCAUCAGGGGUGACAAUAUAGGCGUUAUCGGUGAGCUGGAUGAAGACUUGGAUGCUCAUAUUGAGCUACCGCAGCUAAGGGGCCAUCCUCUGAAGCCUGUCAUUCACUGAUCAGCAGUGUGUUUUUCUCUAGGCUGCAUAGCUGAAAUCAAUGGGUUUAUAGUGCUCCAGGGAGACUUUAUGUUAAGGGCGUGUUUCUGAAGUUAUGGAUUGGUAUAGCAUAUAAGCUCAAUCAAAAAAGGGGCAUUUUGGAUAACUAAACUUUUGAUUUGAAUCAAGGAUUAUUUUCUCAUUUCUCAUUGAAUUUUUCGUUUAGUACAAGUCCAACAUUUGUGCGCAGAAGAUUGAUGGCGUUACCAUCUACAUAACUAAGAUGUAUGGAGUUUCAUGUAAUGAAUACUGAACAUAGCUGAUUGAGCAUCAAGUAUGAGCUUGCUUUUGUUUUCCA